AUGGCUUCCUUUCUUUCUCCGGUCAUCUUCUUCACCGUCUUCUUCUCCCUCCACUCUCAUUCUACCGUCGCCGAUCUCCAUGUAACCAGAUCGCGUUUCAAACCUCUACAUUUCUCUCCUCUCUUCUUCUCUUCUCCUACUCAAAACGUCACAUCACCACCUACUCGCUACUUCGAGGUCAAAAAGCCUCCCGUUCCCGAUCUCCCGGCAGCUCAACGACCCUGCUCGCAUCGGAUUCUCCACCACGACUUCGGCUACACCUACGCUAAACCGCCGGUUCUCGCCAAUUACACACUCCCCUCUCACUGCCCGUCUCCGGAAUUCUCCAAAAUCGUCCUCGAGUUCAAAUCCACCAGCAAAGGAAGACAAUUCGACCGGAUAUUCGGCGUAUGGCUCGACGGCGUUGAGCUUCUCCGGAGCUGCACCGCCGAGCCUAGGGCAAACGGAAUCGUCUGGUCGGUGGAGAAAGAUGUGACCAGGUACCACUCGAUCCUCGUGAAGAACGAGACUCAGAUUCUCGCCGUUUACCUCGGCAAUCUCGUUGACAAAACUUACACCGGAGUUUACCAUGUCGAUGUCAUCUUCCAUUACUAUCCCCUCCAGAGAAAUCUCCGAGAUUCUUCAUCUGGUUACAGCUCUCCUCAAGCCGAUGUGAUCCUGCCGAUCUCGAGAAAUCUCCCGCUAAACGAUGGAUUGUGGUUCGAGAUCGUGAAUUCGGAUGAGUCAAAGUACAAAGAAUUCGAAAUCCCUAGGAAUGUGUAUAGAGCUGUUGUCGAGGUUUAUGUGUCUUUCCAUGAGAAGGAUGAGUUUUGGUAUGGGAAUCUUCCAAACGACUUCGUCACUGCCAACAAUCUCACCUCUGCUGGUAACGGACCUUUCAGGGAAGUUGUGGUUACUCUCGACGGGAAAGUCGCCGGCGCGGUUUGGCCUUUCCCUGUGGUUUUCACCGGAGGGAUCAAUCCUUUGCUCUGGAGACCAAUCACAGCUAUUGGCUCUUUUGAUUUGCCGAGUUAUGACAUUGAGAUCACACCGUUCUUGGGAAGCUUGUUAGAUGGAGAGAGUCAUAAGAUUGGGUUUAGUGUGACCAAUGCGUUGAAUGUUUGGUAUAUAGAUGCGAAUCUGCAUCUUUGGUUGGAUCAUGAGAAGGAGAUCGUCGAAGGGAAGGUCUUGGAGAGUAGUGGAAGCUCUCUGGAGAUUAGCGAAGUCUCGGACUUCAAAGGAUUGAAUGGAAACUUUACAACGGAAGCUAAGCGGUCGAUAACAUCGAUAGGAUUGGUUAAGUCCUCUCAUGGGGAUGUUGUAACCAGUGCCAAUCAAGAAUUCAGCUAUGUGAACAAAAUGGUUUUAGGUAAAGAUGGGAACUUGCAGAUCAUUGAUCAGUUGAUAAAAGCUGAUGAUCGUGUUCACGCCAAGAGAGGUUCGAGAGAGAUCUACGCCGCGAGAUCCAUCAAGAGCUUUCCUUUUUACUUAAAAUCCGACUCUUUGGAGAAGGGUAACGCGUCUUUGGAGGUUGCGAAUGUGACGAUGGGGUUCAACGAGGAGAGGUCAGAGAGUGACAGAGUGGUUAUGAGGACGUUGAAGAGCAAGGUGGAGAACAAGCAAGAAGGGCAAGGGGUUAUGGUGGUGAAGAAUAACUUGGUGGUGAAUGGAUAUGGAAGCACGCAGCAGGUGUAUGACUAUGUUGGAAGUGACCAGUGUUACUUUAGGAACAUCAGUAGCUUCAACUACACUAUUCUGUAUGAUAAGGUUGAAACUGUUUGCAAGAAGAAAACGCUGAAGCUGCCUCCACGGCUCACUGGUCAACCCUUACUUGCUUGA